GUAAUGUAACUGUAAUACAAUUAUUUACAAGCUUUUCAAAAAUAAUACAUUACUAUGAGGACGUUCUUCAAAACUUUACUAAGGCACGUUUUCAAUGAUAAACCAUAUGAGCUAUAGUCAGGUUUGGUUAGGAAUGUACAUAGGUUGUUACGGCAUUGUGGUCUGGAAAUUCAAAAAGUUUUAAGUCUUUCAGUUACAAAUUAAAUGACUCACUUAUAAAUAAAUAUAAUAUAGUAAUAAAAUUUAUAUAAUGUUAUGGAAGCAGGUAUCACGUAAGAUUAAUAUUUUUAUGAGUUUUCAUAAUGGAAGCAGAAACAAUAAUUGAGAUAAGUGAAUCUGAAGAUGAAGUGGGAGAUGCUUCAAGUGAUGAUGAUUAUGUUCCUAAUAAGACAGUGACUAAAACAAGUCAAAAAAGGAGAAAAGUAGAAACCUUGGUUAGUUCUGCUAAUGCUAACACUAAAAAAAGAAAAAUAAAUACUGUUAUCGAAUCAGAAAAGAAGAACAAGAGAAUAACAGAGGCAAAAAAUAAAAAAGUAAAAACAGAGGUUGUUAUUGACACAAAUGUCGAAGAAUUGUUGGAUUCAAAGAAAAAGGGAAAACAUAAUUUUAACAGCAGAAAAGAAAAAAUAGAAAAUGCUGACAAGGACAAAGAGAACAUUAAAGAUUCAUUAAAAGAUAAAUUAUUAUCAAAAUUUAAUUCUGUAGAAUGUAUAGAAUGGACAGAUAUAGAUUAUGUAAGUGAAGUAAAUAAUGUUGAAAAGCAUAUAGCACACAAUGUGAUAAAACUUUUUAAAGAAGACAAUACAAUACCAUUUAUUGCAAGGUAUAGAAGAAACAUGACUGGAGGUAUGGAACCUGAUAGAUUACGAGCAAUGAAAGAGAGUUUUGAUUGCGCUAUGACAAUCAAACAUCGAGCUGCUAGUAUUUUGAAGGCUAUUGACAAAUUAGGGCAUUGGACACCUAACGUACAUGCUGCUGUUAAAUCUGCUAAAUGUUUAGACGAUUUAGAAUACAUAUAUUCCCUUUUCAAGAGUUCAUCCACAAAAUCCUUAGCGGAGAGAGCUAAGAAGUUAGGCUUGGGAUUAGUAAGCGAUGCAGUGUUACAAGGUCAAACAUUACCCCAUUUGUCGUCACUUGUUGAUUCUGAUAAAGAAGGCUUAAAAACGCAGGACCAAGUUAAAGAAGGAAUUAUUCAUAUAAUAGCAGAUGUAAUUAAUAAAGACAAAUCAGUAUUUGAUAAAGUCAAAGAGCUUCAAAAUCAAAGUAUAAUAAACAUACAAGUUGCAGAAUGUAAAACCAGUAAGUCUGAUACUAAAGAAAAAGAUGUUAACAGAAAGUAUGAAGUGUACUACAAUUUCAAUGCCAGCACAAGAACUAUUAAACCACAUCAAAUUUUAGCUAUUUAUAGAGGGGAGGCACAGAAAAUUCUUACAGUAAAAGUUGUAUUACCUGAUUCUUUUCAAACAGCUUUUAAGUCAUAUUGUUGCAAACAAUACAAAGAAGCUAUGACAGCAUCUAAAUUUCAUAGUAGUCUAAUGCAUGAGAGUAUCGCUUAUGCUUACACAAAAUUCGUUAAACCAUUAGUAACUCGUCGACUUAGAAAUGAAAUGAAACAAAAGGCAGAAACAGCAUCCAUUGAAGUCUUUGCAACUAAUGUUAAACAAUUGCUUCUCACUUCACCUGUUCGUGGAAAAGUCAUACUUGGCAUAGAUCCUGGAUUUUCCCAUGGCUGUAAACUUGCAGUAAUUUCUGAACACGGAAAUAUUCUUGAUACAGGAGUAAUUUACCCACAUAAGAAGGGAGAGAAAUAUAUAGAACAAUCUGCUAGUGUUUUGAUGAAACUGAUAAAUAAAUAUAAAUGUACAAUUUUAGCACUGGGUAAUGCUACAGCUUGCAGAGAAACAGAGUUAUUUUUAAAUCAAUUGAUUAAGUCAAAGGCAUUAGAUGUUUCGUACACAAUAGUCGAUGAAUCCGGAGCGUCAAUCUACAGCUGCAGUAAAGAAGCAAAAUCCGAGUUCCCAGACCUUGAUACUAAUAUAAUCUCCGCUGCUUCCAUAGCAAGGCGUUUACAAGAUCCACUUGCCGAAUUGGUAAAGGUAGAGCCUAAACAUUUAGGUGUAGGAAUGUAUCAACAUGAUCUGCCAGAGAAACAAUUAUCAGCAACAUUAAACGAAGUAGUCUCUGAGGCUGUGAGUUUCGUAGGGGUAGAUGUGAACACUGCAUCCCAGUGUCUAUUAAAAAGAGUUGCUGGUUUGAACGUGUCCAGGGCAAAUAACAUCAUACAAUGGAGAAAUGAAUUCGGUCCAUUCAGAAACAGACAACACAUACUGGAGGUCAAGGGCAUUGGCAGUAAAACUUUCGAACAAUGCGCUGGAUUUAUUAGAAUAUUACCAGAAACAUCAGUGACCGAUGCUUCAACUAAAAUCAAAGGCACUAAAAAUUCCAAGUACAAUCCAAAUUUCUUAGAUCAAACUUGGAUUCAUCCUGAGUCGUACGAAAUUGCCCAGCAAUUUUUAAAGUAUUGCGAUUGCAAGUUGGAAGAUCUUGGUACUACUUCAUUUAUCGAGAAAAUAAUAUCACACGCUAAGGAAGGUUGUGCCGUUUUAGCUGACAGGUUCGGUACAGAUGAAACAACGAUGGAAGUAAUCGUUAAAGGACUAUCUAUGAAAAAAGAUGAAGAUAUAAGGUUGAAGUCUAACUGCCCUCUGUUCAGGAACAGUAUGCUCACCAUCAAGGAUAUAAGCAGUGGAUCAUUGCUCACUGGUGCAGUGAGAAACGUCACCCAUUUCGGGGCAUUCGUGGACAUAGGUGUUGGCAGUAAUGGUCUGAUACCAAUGAAAUGGAUGAAAAACUGUACGCUUUCCAUAGGUCAACGUGUGGAAGUGAAAGUCCUUACAGUUGACGUCGAUCGUAAUAGAAUUAGCUUGGAAUUAAUUCAAGUUUUAUAAGUGUGUUCCUAUGCAUUCUUAUAUAUGUGUUUUCAUAUAUAUUUCCAUGAUAUUGUGUCUAUAUUAGGUGUAAUGUAUAUUUAUUUAUAUAUUAUAGAAUAUAUUCUAUAAAAUAUACUAAAAUUAUUAAAAUCUUACAGAAUAAUAUUCUAUAGAAUAUAUUCUACAAUAUAUGUCAAUGAAGAAUACAUAUAUUUUUACACAUACGUCUUUACCUUUCGUAAAGUAGAUAUUUCACGUAAUUAACAUGUUCGCGAUCAUGCUGUUGUUAUGCUGAUAUUAACAUAUAUUUGGCGUAUGGUAUAUCCUAUUGCCGCUUUGAGUACAUCAAAAUAUAUAUAUAUAUUGCAUAAAGAAUUGCAAAAACGACAUGGUUUACAGCGAGGGUACUUUAAAUUCGACCGUGGUCGUGAACGUGUUAAUGCGUUACGGAAGAUCACUCGAACAUCCAUAUAAUUCACUGUGGCCCCCUAGUAAAUAUCUCCUUUGAACUCUAUGAAUAAACAUAAGUGCAGGACGUAUUGCUCGAUGGGCUAACCAUUUGCAUAUUUCACGCGCCGCUCGGUACGAGUUAACGACUAACAAUAAAUUUGUCCCUCGUCAGUGCCGCGCGCUGACCUGGAAUUAAUCAUUUCGCCGAAUUAUAAACGCGCGUUUACACGCCUGUUUGUCGUGUCCGUCAAAUCAUCUGGAAACGCGUUUCGGUUCGUCGCAUCCGAUAAUUAUCGCUUGUUAUACCGCUUCGAAAAUUCACCUGUAAAACAAGAAAGCUAAAAACAGGGGAAAGUACAAGAAAAUAAAGAAACCCGGAAUAAAUUUAACAUUCCGAGCACGGACAAAGAAAAGAAAUUCGCCGAACGACGAGGGCGAGCUUGGAGUGGUUGCUGGCUAGGUGGAAUCAUUAAAAUUUGCGACGCGCCGCGGAGCUUUGCUGAAUAGACGUCACCAAUUACACUCGUGUGAUUACCGAUCCGAUUUUAAGUGCAUGUACACGUAUCGCAAGCCUCAAUUUCUACUUAAUAUUCUCGCUUAUGUAUUCAGGCUGUGAACCGUGCCAUUUAGGAGACGGUUCGUUGGAAUAGUCGGUGGAAACGGCACGGUCGCGCUCAAGCGAUGCGCCGGUUAUUUACCAAGAUUUCAUCGUUUCCGUGCGACGUCGACGGUGAGCCCCAUUUAACGAAGUAUUCAUCAGUUAUUUUAUACAUUCUUAUUCUUCGUUUCAAAUUACUUUGAUGAUUAGUGCGCUGGUCCCUUGGCGUAUAAGCAAGAUUGACUAUUGACCAAAUCGAUCAACUUCACUUUUUGAGCUUCGAAAUACUUUUUUGUCAUUAAUGCGUUUGAUUUACUUUUAAUAUUUUAUGUUUAAAAUCAAUUUAUUAUUGGGUUUAAUAUCACGAAAUAACAAGAAUUCUUGUGGCCAUGCAAAGAUUACGAUAAUAAUAGAGGUUACUUCGAAGACUUGAUUUGGCUAAUGAGUUACUUAUAUAAAAAAUAUUUCGAAUUUACGAUGAGUUAGAAUAGAAACAAUGUCUUGUCUGUAUCAAGCUGGAGAUCCUCAGGUUCUAGGAAGCCAAGUAUUUAUCAAAAUUCGUGGAUUGAGCAGUAAAUUUCAAGUACGGUUACGGUGCCGUAAAUAGGACAGCCACCUGAGAAGAUGCAGAAUUCAUUCAGUAACCUGGAAACUUGUAAAGAUGAAUUCUGAUCACGUCUCCACGGUGUUCCUUCCCCAGGGAUGGAAUUCGAGGCUGUUCAGGAGUCAGAUGUUGAACUGCAUCGGAUACUGCAGCAAAAAAUCACAAAACGAUUCGAUUCAAAUUGCAAAAUACACGGUUACUUGCUUCUCCUCAUUAUCUGUUGAUCAUUUUAUACGGUAAAUAGUACAUCUAAUCAUCAAACUAAUUUUUUCUGUUAGUUUAUCCAUAGUACUAAUUCUUCUAUAUUCAAUUAUUAAUUUUAAUAGUCCAAUUACACGCAUGCUCUUAAAUUUAAAUAAAUAUUAUUAAGGCACAGCUAGGUUCAGCAAAGAAUUCGUAAGAAGAAAAUGUUUACUUUAUGCUCUUCACAUUCACUAAAAUAACAAUAUGAAAUGUUACUAAAAAAAUUAACUAGUAUUUAACAGAAUAUAUUAAUAACGACCUGUUAAACAACCUGCUCUUUAUUUUAAAUCUAUCCCUCUGGUCUAACUAAAAUAAUUAAAGUUCUCAAAUAAUUUAAAUUUAAUAUUCUUUACUUACAUUACACUUUCAUCCU